GUUACUUUUAAUUUUUUUUUCAGAAUUUCCUUAAUUCUCGGAGAUCGCUUAUCCUAAAAUACCAACUCCAAAUUCCACAGCGACAUGACUACGUCAAGAUACACUAAUAAAUGUCCUGUUAGCACAUAUAUAUUAAUAUAAUGCCAACUAACAAACGAUGUAGAUGAAUGAUGAUUAACCCACGUUCGUGGAUGUCUGACCUUCCCUCUCAUAUAUCACAGAAGGCCCUUAAUCUGAUAAGCAUUCCAGGUAGUCAUAAUUCAUUUACGUAUUCGAUUACUCAACAUAGUCCUCCUUCUCCUGAUGGUCCUAUUUUUCGUUUGGAUACAUGUUUACCUCGUUCAUUUUUAAGCCGAAUAUUGUAUCCUUGGAGUGUGACACAGUCACUAAGUUUAUUCGAUCAACUGGAAGCUGGGAUUCGAUAUUUUGACUUUCGUAUUUGUGCACGACAAAAAUGUUUGAACAAAUGUAAAAAUGAUGAAUCUGAAUUUUAUUUAGCACACGGACUGUACGCAAACCUGUUAUCUACAGAACUUCAGAGCAUUCUUGGUUUCCUCAAAGCCAAUCAGAGAGAAGUUCUUAUUGUGGAUUGUAAUCAUUUUUAUAAUUUUGAAACUGAUGAACAGGAAUAUUGUUUUGAAUCAACUGUUUUAAAGAUUUUAGAUAAUGUUAUGUUCCCUUAUCAAAAAAAUAUUCCAACAUUAGAAGAACUUUGGAGUGCUAAGCAACAAAUCAUAUUUAUAUCCUGUCAUCGAGAAUCCCCCGAGAAGAUCCAUCCAAAAUUUUGGCCUUCUAGUAGCAUAAAAUCAUUUUGGCCGGAAACUGUUGGUCCACGAGCUAUGAUUUCAUUCCUAAAUAACCAUAUUAAACCACAUCUUCAUAGACCUGAUAAUAUUUUCUCUGUACACCAAGGUAUUCUUACUCCAACUUUAUCAUUCAUUUUACUGCAUCCAUUUAGUUCAGUUCAUCGUUUAGCUAAAAUAGCUGGAAAGUAUUAUCAACAAUGGUUAAAUAAAGCAGAUCAGUUAGCUGGACCAGAUGGUAUUAACAUCACACUUAUUGACUUUUUUGCAACUACUUACCCAACAUAUAUACGUGAUGUUGUAUCAAUAAACUAUAAAACAUGGCCAAACGAUAAAACAUCUACUUAAGGUUUUUUUAUCACCAGUGUUUUAUUAUUUUUUGAUUUUCAAUUUUAUUUAUUCCCACUUUCAUACUUCCCGAGUUAACCGUUGUUUUUUAUAAAUACGAUUUUAAUUUUGAUAAUUCUUUUCAUUUAAUGCAUAUGGUUACUUCCUUUUUUGUAAUAUUUAAAGAAAAAGAAUAGAAAAGCUAAAGAAGAGCUGUUUUCUUAGUUAACGUACAAAUUAUGGUGUUUUUUGGAAAUACUUACCUUCAGUAUUCCUAUUCAACUUCAUCAUAUGAGUACUGGAUGAUGCUAUUCGUUUCCCGUCUUGUUUUUGUGUUAAUCAACCAAUUUAUUUCAAGUAUACAAAUGUGAUGUAUCUCAUUUAGACCGAAAUGAUACUAAGUGUUUGUUUUAUGAACAUAUUUAUUAGGACAACUAAAAAUAUUUAAUAUAUGCUUUGAAUUUGUCAAAUUUCAGAUAACACUUCCAGAUUACUACAUUAAUCAAUAACAAUUUACAUCAUCCUCAAAAGUGGGCUGGUAGCAAAAGACAAUUUGACAUAAUUGUAAUGAUGAGGAUGAUGAUUGAAAUCCUGGGUAGUACAGUGUCUAGUGGUCAAACAUUAACGUGCCACAAAUACUGUAUUUGAACCGUUUGUUGGUAUCUGUUAUAUAUUACAUAUUAUCGGAAAAAAGCAUAAGUGAUUUGGAAAUAUUCAUAUUUUUUCUUCUUUAAAUACUGAACACUAUAUAUACAAAACUAUUAACUAUCC